AUGUCAGAUGUGUUAUCGGAUGCUGGUGACCUUAGCGGAGAAGAGGAGUCCCAAGAAGAUGUUUUGACCCCCGCGGAACUCAUUGCCAGACUGGAAGAGGCAUGGCUGAAUGAGAAGUUUUCUCCGGAGCUACUGGAAAACAAGUCUGAGAUGGUGGAGUGUGUGAUGGAGCAACUAACACACAUGGAGCAGAAUCUACAGAGAGUGAAGAAGGGAGAUUUGAAAGCUGGCAUCCAUCGCGUGGAGAUCGACCGCAUCCGCUUUGUCCUCAGCAGCUACCUGCGUUCGCGCAUACAGAAGAUAGAGAAGUUCUUCCCUCACGUCUUAGAGAAGGAGAAGUCUCGCGGGGAUGGCGACCCCUCGUUUCUGUCUCCAGAGGAGUUUGCAUUUGCAAAAGAAUACUUGGCCAAUACGGAGACUUACCUAAAGGCUGUGGCUUUGAGACACAUGCCUCCGAAUCUACAGACUGUGGACAUGCUGAAAGCAGUUCCGGAACCGUGUUUGGACUCGUUUGUGUUCUUGCGAGUCAAGGAGAGGCAGGAGAACAUUCUGGUGGAACCCGAGACCGACGAACAGAGCGAGUACGUGGUUGACCUGGAUGAGGGCUCCCAGCACCUGAUGCGGUAUCGCACCAUAGCGCCCCUAGUGGCCAGCGGCGCAGUGCAGCUCAUCUAA